UUUCCUUUGGAGAUGGCACGAGAUGCAGACGUGGGAAGCAAUUCGCUACUGACUUACCAGCUCACCAGCCCCUCGUCCUUUAGUUUGGCCGUGACAGAGAACCCUGACGGAAGCAAGCAGCCAGAAUUAGUGCUGGAGAGAGCCUUGGACCGAGAGAAGCAGAGCUCAUUUGAACUGGUGCUGACGGCAGUGGAUAGCGGAGAGCCCAUGAGGUCCGGGACUGUCCAGGUUCGCAUCAACGUUACUGACGCAAACGACAACCCGCCCGUGUUCAGUAAAAGAGUCUACGAGGCGAGAGUAGCGGAGAAUCUUUCACUGGGGUCUCUGGUGCUCCGGGUACAGGCGACAGAUGCAGACACGGGCUCCAACGGGCGGGUCUCCUACUCAUUCGGCAACGCCGGACAGCAUUCGUGCUUGUUCACUGUCGACAGCGACAGCGGCGAGGUCAGGACGGUGGGGCCUCUCGAUUUUGAGGAGAAGAAUAAAUAUGUCUUCGGCCUGGAGGCGACGGACGGAGGCGGGUUAACGGCUCACUGCAAGGCUCAAAUAGAUGUCACAGACGAGAACGACAACGCGCCCGAUAUCACCAUUCUUUCACUGUCGAGCCCAGUGCCCGAGGACGCACCGGCCGGCACCGUGGUGGCCCUGCUAAAAGUUCGUGACCGAGACUCCGGCGAGAACGGUCAGGUGUCGUGCGAGCUGUCGGGAGAGGCGCCGCUGUCGAUCGUGGCGUCGUCGGGCGGCUCGUACAAGGUGGUGACGGCGAGCGCGCUGGACCGCGAGCAGGCGUCCGAGCACCGCGUGACGGUGGUGGCCCGGGACCGGGGCAGGCCGGCGCUGUGGAGCAGCACGGAGCUGGUGCUGGAGGUGUCGGACGUGAACGACAACGCGCCGGUGUUCGAGGAGGCGGCGUACAGCGCGUACGUGGCGGAGAACAACGCGGCGGGCGCGCUGGUGCUGCGCGUGCAGGCGCGGGACGCGGACGCGGGCGCCAACGGGCGCGUGAGCUACUGGCUGGCGGGCGGCAGCGCGGGCGCGGCGGGCGCGGCGCCGCUCGUGUCGGUGGAGGCGCGGAGCGGCGCGCUGUACGCGCAGCGCUCCCUGGACUACGAGCAGUGCCGCGAGUUCACGGUGGCCGUGCGGGCGCAGGACGGCGGCUCGCCGGCGCGCAGCUCCACGGCCACGGUGCGCGUCUUCGUGCUGGACCGCAACGACAACGCGCCCCGGGUGCUGUGGCCGGCAGCGGCGGGAGGCGGAGCCGCUGCGGCGCCGGGAGAGGCUCCGGGAGCGGCGGCGACUCCUUUCGAGGUGGUUCCGCGUUCGGCCGAGGCCGGGUACCUGGUGGCCAAGGUGGUGGCGGUGGACGCGGACGCGGGGCGCAACGCGUGGCUGUCCUACGAGCUGGUGCCGGCGUCGGAGCCGGCGCUGUUCCGCGUGGGGCUGCACAGCGGCGAGGUGCGCACGGCGCGCGCCGUGUCCGAGCGGGACGCGGCCAAGCAGCGCGUGGUGGCCGUGGUGAAGGACCACGGGCAGCCGGCGCUCUCGGCCACGGCCACGCUGCACGUGGUGCUGGCCGAGAGCUUGCAGGAGGCGCUGCCGGAGCUGAGCGAGCGGCCGGCGGGCGCCGAGGCGGCGGCGGCGGCCGAGCUGCAGUUCUACCUGGUGCUGGCGCUGGCGCUGCUGUCGGCGCUCUUGGUGCUGAGCGUGGCGCUGGCCGUGCUGGCGCGGCUGCGCCGGGCCGGGCCGCCCGCCGUGCUGCGCUGCCUGGGCGCGCAGCGCUUCUCGCUGGCCGGCGCCGCCUUCCCGGCCGACUUCUGCGAGGGCACCUUGCCCUACUCCUACAACCUGUGCGUGGCGGCGCCGGCCCGCGCCGUGCCCGAGGCCGCUUGGCCGCCGCCGCCGGUGCCCGUCCUGUCGGCGGAGGAGCUGCUGGGCGGCGAUUCCUGCGAGAAGCCGAGCCCGAACACCAAUCUCCCCUUUGAAGAGCCGCCCGCCAAUUCCGACGCACUGCAGGUCUGUAAAGGGUGGGCUUCUUCUCUUUUUAAAAGUUUCCGAAUCGUCGUCAUUUUCCCCCGGGUAUUCUCUGCAUGGUCUCAGUGGUUAUUUGUCAUCUGUAUCCCCAGGUAG